AUGAAUGCUCGCAGACAAGGAGCCGACAUCGUUCCUGGUGGGCCUACCUUUCGUAACGGAGGCAGGAACAACCACCAUGAGACACUUUUGGCGCAGCUACAGAAUACUCAAUCUUUAGGCCCUACGCUUUUUGUCCUUGCAUGCAUUUUCUACUUUGCACUCGAUUACUUCCGUCUCGCCCCAGUUUCGCUCAUCAGGGCGAUUUGGAGCAUACUAGUCUAUUUGACACCUUCUUCGAUCCUCAUCGCGUUGGACAGCCACAUGUCGCCUUCCGAUAGCCCAUCCUCAACUCCCAGGACGUUGUCGUACCAAGCGAAGAGCGAUUCCAUGCAACGGAUACUGGGGCUCGACAACUAUACCUUUCCAUUCUUCUCGCGGCCGAGGUCCCUCUCCGGUCUUGGCGGUGCUCUGUUAGGACAUAGUAAGGAUGCUAUUCCAUCAGGACUGGGAAACUGGGAUAACUCUUGCUAUCAAAAUAGCAUCAUCCAAGGCCUUGCCUCGCUUGACACACUCUCGACCUUCUUGGGGGAAAAUGUCCGCACACUCAGUGAGAGAAGCUCACUGACAACUCACAAAGCCCUCAAGGAGAUUAUCAAUCUCCUGAAUAGCUCAACCAAUGGCGGCUACAAGCUCUGGAUACCCGCGGAGCUGAAGUCCAUGAGUAGCUGGCAGCAACAGGACGCGCAGGAGUAUUUCUCCAAGCUUGUGGAUCAGAUCGACAUAGAGGUCCAGCAAGCCGUGCGGCGUCAAACAAAAAAUUUGGGGCUCAAGGCAGCAGGUCCAGAAGAGAACAUCAUGAGAGAAGCGCGUUCGGAUUCAAUAUCUGCUGAUGGCGAUAUCACCCAGUCGAGUAACGAAGAAUCAUUGCGGAAUCCCCUUGAAGGCUUGCUUGCUCAGCGAGUGGGCUGCAUGAGAUGCGGAUGGUCGGAAGGAUUGUCGAUGAUACCGUUCAACUGUCUUACCGUUCCUCUCGGAGCAAAACAUGAAUACGACAUUCGUGAAUGCUUGGACCAGUACAUGGCCCUAGAGCCCAUUGAAGGGGUCGAGUGCGCCAAGUGCACUCUGCUGCGAGCUCAAGAUCAGCUGCAAAAUCUCCUAGGAAGCAUGGCUGAGGAACACGACAACGAGAAACUAGACUCCCCAGGACUUUCCGAUGCAGUGAGGGAAUCUGCUCAAACACGCCUUGCUGCAGUUCAGUGCGCCCUCGAGGAGGAUGACUUCAGCGACGAAAUGCUCUCGGAUAAAUGCCACAUCCGGCCCAAGAAUCGAAUGACCACCACCAAGUCUCGACAAGCAGUAAUUGCUCGGGCCCCACAGUGCCUCGUGCUCCACAUCAAUCGAAGCUUGUUUGAUGAGAUGACUGGAAUGCUGAGAAAGAACUAUGCGUCCGUCGCGUUUCCCAAGAGUCUGGAUUUGAAUGACUGGUGUCUCGGUAACAGGACUCCUGGUUCUAGCGAGGUCAUUGAGCAAUGGAUCACAGAUCCUUCGAAAUCAAUGCUUCCACGCCAUGACGAAGCGAUUCGCAUUCAGACUCGCCACUAUGAGCUACGGGCCAUCGUCACACACUAUGGGCGCCACGAAAAUGGCCAUUAUAUCUGCUAUCGUAAAUAUCCCACCUCUGUCUUCCCGGUGCCGGUUCCGGAUGAGGUUCUCCAAGCCGAGGGCGACAAGGAAAAGCCUGAGCGCUGGUAUCGACUAAGCGACGACGACGUUCAGAUGGUGAGCGAGGCUCAUGUCAUGUCACAAGGAGGCGCCUUUAUGCUUUUUUACGAACAUGUCGACGUGCAGGCCAUGGAGGUCUCGACUCAAGCAACGGAGCCAGUGUCCGAGCCAGAGCUUUGUGAGGCACCAGAGUCCGUGUCCAAUUCUACGUUUUCUGAGAGCCAUUCAUCGGCGUCUACAAUCACAGACGCAGCAUCGACCACGUCCCGGGCAACCAGUGUGUCGAGCACUGACCAGACUGCUGUAACUGUGAAUGAAAUUAAGCUCGAUCAGGGUCCUUUGCCGAGUCUUCAAAACAACAAACCAUCCGUUAUCUCUGGCUGA